CGGCCGGACGGUCGGGGCCCAAGGAGGAGCGCCCCGAGCUGGGACAGGGGACCGCGGGGGUCCUCCGGGCUGCAGCCGGCGGUGGUGACACUUGCGAGGCUGAGAGCACGGUGUCGCGUCAUCCAGAGCGUGUGCAGGAGGGGGAGGAGGCCUUGCCUCCACGUGCAGCAGCCGGUACCCACCAUGCAAAGCAUCAAGUGUGUGGUGGUGGGCGACGGGGCCGUGGGCAAGACGUGUCUGCUCAUCUGCUACACGACGAACGCCUUCCCCAAGGAGUACAUCCCCACGGUGUUCGACAACUACAGUGCCCAGAGCGCCGUGGACGGGCGCACGGUGAACCUGAACCUGUGGGACACAGCGGGCCAGGAGGAGUACGACCGCCUGCGCACGCUCUCCUACCCACAGACCAACGUCUUCGUCAUCUGCUUCUCCAUCGCCAGCCCGCCCUCCUAUGAGAAUGUGCGGCACAAGUGGCACCCCGAGGUGUGUCACCACUGCCCCGACGUGCCCAUCCUCCUGGUGGGCACCAAGAAGGACCUGAGAGGCCAGCCCGACACCCUGCGGCGCCUCAAGGAGCAGGGCCAGGCACCCAUCACGCCCCAGCAGGGCCAGGCGCUGGCCAGGCAGAUCCACGCGGUGCGCUACCUCGAGUGCUCAGCCCUGCAGCAGGACGGCGUCAAAGAAGUGUUCGCCGAGGCCGUCCGGGCCGUGCUCAACCCCACACCCAUCAAGCGCGGCCGGUCCUGUGUUCUCUUGUGACCCCGGCCCUCAGCUCGGAGGCGGCCCCUCCUUCCCCACCAGUUGUGCCUUGGCGCCUUGUCUGCCCCCAGCUGUGCCUUAAGGACUAAUUCUGGUGCCCCUUGCCCGGGGGCUCUCCAAAUGCCUUAUUCUCCGAAUGCCUAUUUCUCCUUGUGGAGACCCCCGCAGGGAAAGGGGCUCUGGGCCCGCCCCCCCUCCCAACCUGGGGAGACCAAGUAUUCUCGAGAGCUCACCCAGGCCAAGGUUGGACCCCCUUGCCCUCUGCCCCUACUGACCAGUCCAUCCAGCUUUCCACAGCCAUUGUUGCCUACUGUGGCGCCUCCUCUCAGGGUGGGAGCGCUCAGCCACCCCUAACCUCCUCCUUGCUGCUCUCUGGAGCCCUCACCGCCCCGACUCUGUCCCUUCCCCAGGGAAGGAGCCACAGAAGCCUGAGAUGAAUGUGCCUAACCUGCCUGCCUGUGCCCAGGCCUGAUGCUCCCGCUGACUGACUCAGUCCCCGUCCCACCCCCAGGGCGACCGGGGGACCUUUCCUACCCCCUAGCAGCAUCAAUAAAACCUCCUGUCUCCAGUG